CGACGCUCGGCCUGGCGACUGGUCCGCUCUUCUAUGUACCUAAGUACUUGGGUACCUGUGCAUAGUUGUUCUCAUACAUGUAAACAAUCAAAUAUAUCUUGAGCACGUACAAUCGGAAUUUCUCUCCAUGAAGACAACUGCCAACAAAAUAUGGCAAUGAACAACGCCAACGUUAUCACUGGUUCUGAGCCCACCUCGCCAGGAGACGUAGAAGUCACCAACGGUGCCGAUCGACUUACCCGAUUUAUCCUGUUCAGUCAUGAGUUCCCAAGCGGCGAUGUUCAGGACCUGUUCCGCCGUCUUCAUAGAUUUUCCAAGCUACCUCGACAUCCCCUGCUUGCCCAUUUCUUGCACGAGUGCACUUCGGUUCUGAGACAAGAGGUCCAGAAGCUUCCACGUCCGCUGCGUGAUUCCGUCCCGCCGUUCCACCAUGUCAUCACGCUGGCUUCGCACUGGAAGGAGCUGAAGGACGGUCCCUUAGGUGGCACUUGGGAGGGUGCCUUCGUCUGCAUCUACGAGAUGGCCAUGCUGAUAGGGUCAGUUUUUCCCCAACGAGCUCUUCUCGUCUUCGUCUUGUGCUAAGUACAUCAGUCACCACGAAGCACACAAUAUUCCAUACUUCCACGAGGCGGGAAGGAAUUCGGGAGUAACGUGCCUGGCAGGCAUA